UUUCAUGACUGGGAGUUCCCCAACUUUCUUUUAAAGCCAGCCCAGAGCUUCGCUUCUUUGAGUAUUUCAGUAUUCACCAACACCAACACCAACACCAACGCCAACCAAGGCAAGCAACCAAGCAGACCUCUCUCUCUCUCUCUUUCUCUCUCAGAACUAGACACAAAGAACCUCAGGAACUAAAACCCAAACUCUUGUUCUCUAUCUGCAAUAACUGCAGUCUUCUCCUGAGACACUUUGCCAGCAGAAUCCAUCUCUUUCUUUCUCUCUUUCAUUUCUGUCCCUCAUGUCAUGAGAUUAAUGUUAAUCCCUAUUUUCUCUUUGUAUUGUUUCUCUCGCAAUCAGGCAGAUGGAGAACUCAGAAGAAUCAAAUGGUAGCAAGAAAUGCACCACCAAGACUAGGACUUUCAGAGGCAGGACUAAGACUAACCCCACCCAUAAGCAUCAGUAUCAGUACCAAUAUCAGCAUCACCUCUUUCAAUAUUCAAACCAGUUUGGGUUCUUUAACCAUAACCAAUACCCGAGUUACUACCCAGCUCUUCUUCCUCUACCUCCUCCAAUACCUCUCCAACUUUCUCUGACUCCACCUUUCCCUCAAAACAAUAGCUUUAGAUCAAAAACCCAUUUGCAGAAACCUUCAUGCAAGCUAAAUAAUCCUCCUCCUCCCACAUCUUCGGUUAGCCAAGGACCCGUUGUUGCAAUCUCAUCAGAGGGGCUGCAACAACGAAAGAGUCCACCAGUCAAUGGAAAUAAUGGAAGAAGGGCAAUGCAUUCCACCCCCCAGGCACUGAUAGCCGCAAAGAGACCAGAUUCUGGUGGCGUAGAAGGAACAGUUAUUACUCUUGUCGCCAACCAUUUUCUUGUACAAUUCAAUUCUUCACAGCGAAUUUUCCAUUACAAUGUGGAAAUUUCUCCCAAUCCUUCCAAGGAUGUUGCCCGGAUGAUCAAAGAAAAACUAGUAGAGGAUAAUUCAGCUGUGCUCUCUGGGACUUUUCCUGCCUAUGAUGGCCGAAAGAAUCUUUACAGCCCAGUUGAAUUCCAAAAUGAUAGGCUUGAAUUCUACAUUAGCCUCCCAAUCCCAACUAGCAAAUCAUCAUUGCCUUUUGGAGAGCUAAAUGACUUUCAAGAGAAACAUCAACAGCUCAAACUAUUUCGAAUAAAUAUCAAGCUUGUAUCAAAGUUGGAUGGAAAGGAGCUUAGCCGGUACUUGAGCAAAGAAGGUGAUGAUUGGAUUCCACUUCCUCAGGAUUAUCUACAUGCUUUGGAUGUUGUUUUGAGAGAGAGCCCCAUGGAGAAAUGUAUACCUGUGGGGAGAUCAUUUUAUUCGAGUUUAAUGGGAGGAACUAAGGAAAUUGGAGGAGGAGCUGUGGGAUUGAGAGGAUUCUUUCAAAGUCUUAGACCCACCCAACAAGGAUUAGCUCUCAAUGUUGAUUUUUCUGUGACUGCUUUUCAUGAAAGUAUUGGAGUGAUCCCCUACCUGCAAAAGCGUCUCAAGUUUUUUAAGGACCUCCUUCAAAACAAAACAAGGAGUCUGAUUAGUGAAGAAAGGAAAGAAGUGGAGAAGGCUUUGAAGAAUAUCAGGGUCUUUGUUUGCCACAGAGAAACUGUGCAGAGAUACCGGGUUUAUGGCUUAACUGAAGAAGCUACAGAAAAUCUUUGGUUUGCAGACAGGGAUGGGAAGAACCUGAGGCUGGUGAGUUACUUCAAGGAUCACUACAAUUAUGAUAUAAAAUUCAGGAACUUGCCAUGUUUGCAGAUUAGUAGAAGUAAACCAUGUUAUCUUCCUAUGGAGCUUUGUAUGAUUUGUGAAGGCCAGAAGUUUCUUGGGAAGCUGUCUGAUGAUCAGACUGCAAGAAUACUCAAGAUGGGCUGCCAAAGACCUAAAGAACGAAAAACCAUUAUCAAUGAGGUCAUGAGAGGAUCUGUUGGCCCAACAAGUGGCAACCAGAGCAGAGAAUUCAAACUCCAUGUUUCAAGAGAAAUGACAAGAUUGAAAGGCAGAAUCCUACAGCCUCCAAAACUAAAACUUGGUGAUGGUGGUCUUGUGAGAGAUCUGACUCCUUCUCGCCAUGAUCGACAGUGGAACCUUCUGGACAGCCACGUCUUUGAAGGAACAAGAAUAGAAAGGUGGGCACUAGUGAGUUUUGGAGGCACCCCUGAUCAGAAGUCCAACAUUCCAAAAUUUAUAAACCAGCUGUCUCAAAGGUGUGAACAAUUAGGCAUCUUUCUUAGCAAAAACACAAUAAUUAGCCCUCAAUAUGAGCUAACUCAAGUGCUUAAUAAUGUUGCCCUUCUGGAAUCAAAACUCAAGAAAAUCCACAAAGUUGCUUCAAACAAUCUUCAGCUGCUUAUUUGUAUAAUGGAAAAGAGACACAAAGGAUAUGCAGAUUUGAAGCGAAUAGCAGAGACAAAUGUGGGUGUUGUAACCCAAUGCUGCUUGUUUCCAAAUCUAGGCAAGUUGAAUUCACAGUUUCUAGCUAAUUUGGCUCUCAAGAUCAAUGCCAAGGUUGGAGGAUGCACAGUUGCUUUGUACAACUCAUUACCCUCUCAGAUUCCACGCCUGCUUCGUUCUGAUGAACCUGUGAUCUUUAUGGGAGCUGAUGUUACUCAUCCUCACCCGCUUGACGACUUCAGUCCAUCAGUUGCUGCUGUUGUUGGUAGCAUGAACUGGCCAGAAACAAACAAGUAUGCAUCACGAAUGAGGUCACAAACACAUCGACAAGAAAUUAUCCAGGACCUUGGUGCAAUGGUGAAAGAAUUGCUAGAUGAUUUUUAUCAAGAAGCAAGCAAACUUCCCAAGAGGAUAAUAUUCUUCAGGGAUGGAGUAAGUGAAACCCAGUUUUAUAAAGUGCUCCAAGAGGAGUUGCAAGCGAUUCAAGAAGCUUGUUCUAGAUUCCCUGGUUAUAGACCUCUCAUUACUUUUGCAGUAGUCCAAAAGAGGCAUCACACAAGGUUGUUUCCCAGUGAAACAGAUAUAUCUUCCAUUCGGAACCAGUUUUACAAUGAAAAUAUACCUCCAGGGACAGUUGUGGAUACUGUGAUUACUCAUCCAAAGGAAUUUGAUUUUUAUCUAUGCAGCCAUUGGGGGGUGAAAGGAACAAGCAGGCCAACCCAUUACCAUGUCUUGUGGGAUGAGAACCAAUUCACUUCUGAUGAAUUACAGAAGCUAGUUUACAAUCUCUGCUACACAUUUGUAAGGUGCACCAAGCCAGUUUCUUUGGUGCCUCCUGCUUACUAUGCCCACUUAGCUGCAUACAGGGGCAGACUUUACCUUGAACGAUCCGAGUCCAUGGCUUCCCUGAGAAAUGCUUCUACAAUCUCAAGAGCUGCUCCACCAAAGGCAACACCUCUACCAAAGCUCAAUGAUAAUGUAAAAAAUCUCAUGUUCUAUUGCUGAUUUUUCUUGCAUUUGGUAAUUCUUCAGUUAUAUCUUCCACUCUGAUGUAGUUCCAAUGUGGUAUAUACAUUCCUAUCAUUUGAGCUAGUUUUCAAUCAUUAGAACUGUUGGGUAGGCAAAUCCAGGAUUGAAUUGCUAUAUUGGAUAGUGACCUUAACAGAUGGAUCAAAUUAUUACACAAUAAAUAAUUUCUUGCUUUCUUUUGUGCCA